UAAGGAGACAUCGCCCAAAUAUAUGUUAGAGAUUUCUAGAACACGGAGCCCUAGAAACUAAUCCAAAUGAAUUGCUAACAUCUGUUAAUAAAUUGCAAGGGGCAUCCGGAGAGGCAGAUAGUCCCGUGGACCAAGGUAGGGUCACCGGCUGUGAAGGGUAAGGCCAACUGAAGGAAGAAUCUGCUCACGCAUCGACCCUUAGGGGUCCCUUGGGGAGAAGGAAAGUCAUAAGGGAUGUUCAGCAGGCAUUGAAAACUGUCUUGCCAUAUUAUAUACCUAAGGAGCUUUAGCAGGCUCAAUGCUGGUGCGUAGGAUUAUCAUGAGCUCAUUUACUCUACCUUACAAGCCAAGGUGAAAUUCCCAAUAUCAUCAAUAAUUACUUAACAGAACAGGGCUAUCUUAACGCCUAUCCAUAUGAAAUGUUCCAGAUCGUAUAGAUAACAAGGCGGCUAUAUGCAGACUUAGCAGAUUCGAUCCACCGGGAGGCAUCCUUUAUAGUAAAUCCAGAGAAAUACACAAAUUAUUUAAAAUAAAGACAACUCACAGGUAUGUAAUUCUUCCGUUGCAACAGAAUCCUCGUCCUCGCUCUAGCAGAAAGCCACAUCCAAAAUGCGCCUCCAACCCCUCGCCAUCGCACUCUUCCCAACCCUCAUCUCAACCCACCCCCUCAUCCCCCGCCAAACCUCCCCCGGGCCCGGCGACACACUGCAAGAAGGAUGGUACUGGAUCCGCGCCGUCGCCGCGCCGAACUACCACAAAUACUUACAAACCCAGCCCACCAACACCGCCGGCGCCGCCGUGCUCGGCAGCUACACAACAGCAGGCCAAUACGCCGUGCAAGACGGGCAACUAGUCGCGAACACGGGGUCCGGGUCCGCGCCUCUGUACCUACAAGUCUCUCGACCAGCGGCCGGCACCGACCCGCCGCCGCGGACACUAGCGACCGCGUUCAGCGACACGGAAAACGAUUUCGGGACUUUCGCGUUCCAGGGCGAUGCGCUGACGUGGAGCGCGCCCGAGGUCGAGCGCCAGAACGAGGCUGCGUGGCUCGUGUGCGCGGGGCAGGAGCUGUUUAUAAAUACUGGCGCUUAUGGGUAUGAGACACCGGCCGGGUGCGCGGAUCAGACUAUUCAUUACUAUAACGAUGUGCAUGCGAGUGAGUAAUCUGGAGUUGUCGUUGUCGCGAUUCGUUGAGUGGUGAGAGAUAUCUGUAAAUAGCAAGAGCUCAACGGGGAUCACCGUUGUGUUGAAGCUGACCAUGUUGGUAUGCUGAUAGAUGUGGUAACAUGGCUAAUACUCUUAUUUGGCGACCUUUAACUCUCAAAGUCCCUAAGUUCUCACCAUGAUAGAAUUAUGGAUGGAUAGAUGGUUACCUAGCUAAAGGGUGGUCAAGGGGUAAGAAGAACAGGUACCUCGAACCAAUGUUACAUUUGAAUUAAGAGAGAAAGCGGCUCACCUACAAAGGCAAAGGAACUUCAAGCCACGAUAACAAUGGACCGAGAAAGCAACUAUAACAACGUC